AUGAAAUUGGGAGAUCCACCUACCAUUUCAACAAAAGGAGAUACUGAGUCCCAGGAAUCCAAUACCCUGAAACCAGAAAAUUUUCAACACCUUAAAGUUGAUGCUUCGACUGAUGAGCAUGGUCCACAAUCAGAAGAAUCACUACAAGCACAAGUAGAAGAAUUGGCUCAACAAUGUGAUAUAAAUCAUAGGAAGCUUAUGUGGAAGAUUGACCUUUGGGUUGUGCCUCCAUUCUGUCUAUUAUAUUUCCUUUCAUUUCUUGAUCGAGUUAACAUUGGAAAUGCCAACCUUUAUGGAUUGUCAGAUGAUUUGAAUUUGAAAGGUGAUCAAUAUAAUAUUGCUUUGCUUGUAUUUUUUGUUCCAUAUAUAUUCUUUGAAGUUGUUGCUAAUUACUUAAUGAAGAUUAUUACUCCACACGUUUUAUUAUCUUGUGUUGUUUUUGCAUUUGGUGCGCUAUCAAUUGUCCUUGGAUUUGUUAAGAACUUUGGGGGAUUAGUUGCCUGUCGAUUCUUCAUUGGUGUUACUGAAGCUGCAACCUUCCCAUCAAUAUUUUAUUUAUUAUCCACCUAUUACUCCAAGGCAGAGGCACAAAGGAGGUUCUCUGCAUUCUUCUCCUGUACCGCUUUAGCGGGAGCUGCUUCAGGUGCAAUUGCGUAUAGAAUAAAUGAUUUGCACGGUGUUCACGGAAUUGAAAGUUGGAGAUGGAUCUUUAUUAUUGAAGGUGCAGUUACUUGCGGAUGUGCUCUCAUUUUAUUCCUUCUGAUUGCUGAUUUCCCCGAAGAAGCAAGGUUCUUGAAUGAAGAAGAACGUAAGUUUAUCAAAACGAAGUUAGAAAUUUUAUCGGGUACUGCUUCUGCAUUUGAAAUUAAGAAUCGAGUCACCGAUGUUGUUAAUUGCUUUAAAGAUCCAUUAAUUUGGUUACCAGCUUUAUCAUACUUUGGAUUAAUCAUUCCUUCUUAUGGAUAUGCUUAUUUCUCACCAGCCAUCAUUAGAGAAUUGGGUUAUACUGCUGUCAGUGCCCAGCAGCAUUCGGUAUAUCCAUAUCUUUGUGCUUUUGGAUUGAUGAAUGGUUCAGCGUUUUUGUCAGAUUGUACGGGGAAGAGACUACCAUAUGCUGUUAUAUGUUGUGUCAUAGCUGCUGCUGGCCUUAGUAUGGUUUUGGGUGCUACCGAUAACGCCCAAGUCCGUUAUGCCGGGUGUUUCUUGGCCUCGAUGGGUUUGCUCAGUUCCAUGCCCCUAGUUGUAUGUUGGGCUGCAAUCAAUUUUGGUUCACACAUUCGUAAAUCAGUUGGUACUGCUUGGCAAAUUGGGUUUGGUAAUAUCGGUGGUAUCAUUGCAACCUAUAUUUUCUUAGCCACAGAUGCCCCUUACUAUAAGAAAGGGUUGGGUGCUUCCCUUGGUGGGACUGUGUUUUCCAUUAUUUGCUCGAUUGCGUAUUUCUUCCUUUGCUAUAGGAUGAACAGGAUUAAGAAAACUGAAGCCUAUAGAGACAAAUUUAAUUCUUUGUCUGAACGUGAACAAAUUAUUGCGGGUGAUAGAAAUCCUAAGUUCAGAUAUUUAUAUUAG